ACGGAUUUGCAGGCUCUACCAAACCAACAAACUGUAGAUUAUCCAAGCUUCAAUCUUGUAAUUGUGGGUGAUGGUGAAACUGGAAAGACAACUUUUGUCAAAAGGCAUCUCAAUGGUGAAUUCGAGAAAAAAUAUGAUCCCACUAUCGGUGUGGAGGUUCACCCAUUAGACUUCUUCACAAAUUGUGGGGAAAUUCGCUUUUAUUGCUGGGAUACUGCUGGACAGGAGAAGUUUGGAGCUCUUCGUGAUAGCUACUAGUAAGUGACUCUGGACAGUUAUGAAAAUUUUCCUCAACGGUCUGCUGCUUGAAGGAUGUUAUUUCUGAUUAAAAGUGUUUCCUAUCAAAUCCUAAGAGUGAGUAAUGUAGGAAAGAAUAGGAGAGAAUAUUUUUCUUAGAGAAUGCUCAAGUUGUAUUAGGCUACUUAAGACUA